CGUCAGCUCGCGCCCACCGAGCAUGGCUGACAACCGACCUCCAGUUUCCAACUCUUUCUCCAACAGGGAAGCCGCUGUCACACAGCCGACUAAGCCCUUAGUUUCCUGGGACCUGGGAUCCUCCAAGAUUUACCCGACCGCCGCCCAGGCGACCACCAGUUGCGGCGCCACCUUGGGCUUGAACCACCUGCGGGAUAGACUCGGCCGCCGCCAAGAAAUCGGCCUCGGGAGUCAGCCGCAGAUUUCCUUCCCGCGGCCGCGGUCUGCGCAGCCGCCGGUGCUCUUCAGCGUAAUGAAUUCCAGUGAAGCAGCAGUGAAAAAAUUUUUACCCAAGAGCAAUUUAUCUCGGGUGAUUAUUCAUGAUAACCGCAUUGCACAACGAAUCUAUGAGAUGGAGGUAAGCGCUUUAGAGAAGACCAAGAAAAAGAUCAGUCACUACUAUGAACACCUGAAAAAAAAGUUCAUGACAGAACAGCUCAGAAAGCUCGGCCGCUGGAGACAGGAAUCCAUGACCAUCAACCAGUUCUUAACCUUCGGGUAUACCAGGAACAAUUUUAAAACUCCAGUCUCCCAAGACCAACCACCCUAGUUCUGGAAAAGAGAUCUGCCCCAGGGCCACAGUGACACUAGUGUGACCAGAGGAGAACUAGAAACCAGCCAGCCUACACAACUGUAGAACAAUAAACAAAAACCAGCGGACAGUGGAGCAU